AUGGUUGCAGCCAUUGGUCAAUAUGAGCCACAUUUGCCCAUUCCUAGCUAUCAUGACAUCAAAGUUCCACUCCUGAAGAAGGAAGUUGAAUAUACUGAAAAUUUGAUAAAAGGCCACAGGGAGCAAUGGGUCAAGUAUGGUUGUACUAUUAUGUCCGAUGCAUGGACUGAUCGGAAACAAAAAUACAACAUUAAUUUUUUUAUUAACUCUCAAGUUGGUACCAUGUUUUUGAAGUCUGUUGAUGGCUCUGAUUUUGUAAAGACGGGUGAAAAUAUUUUUGAGUUGCUUGAUGCCACUGUGGAGGAAGUUGGAGAAGAGAAUGUUGUUCAAGUAGUAACCGAUAAUGGGAGCAACUAUGUUUUAGCGGGUAAGUUGUUGGAGGAGAAAAGGAAACAUAUUUAUUGGACUCCUUGUGCAGCUCAUUGUAUUGAUUUGAUGCUUGAAGAUAUUGGGAAGCUUCCCUUGAUAAGGAAGACAAUUAGAAGGGCAAUUAAUCUAGUUGGGUUUAUCUAUGCCUAUUCUAGUACCUUAAGUUUGUUGAGAAAUUUUACAAACAAGAAGGAAUUGGUGAGACAUGCUAUUACUAGAUUUGCCACUUCUUAUCUAACCUUAGAAAGACUCCACAAAGAGAAAGCCAAUAUUAGAAAGAUGUUUACUUCUGAUGAAUGGACCUUGAACAAGCUAUCUAAGGAGCUUAAGGGAAAAGAAGCUGCAAAGGUAGUGCUCAUGCCUUUUUUUUGGAAUAGUGUGGUUUACACUCUUAAAGUCAUGGCUCCACUUGUGAAAGUGCUUCAUCUUGUGGAUGGUGAAAGGAAACUAGCCAUGGGCUAUAUUUAUGCAGCAAUGGACAAGGCAAAAGAAACAAUUAUCAAGUCUUUCAACAACAAUGAAAGCAAGUACAAAGAUGUGUUUGCAAUCAUUGAUAAAAGAUGGAAUUGUCAGCUUCAUAGACCAUUGCAUGCAGCUGCCCACUUCUUAAAUCUAGAGUUCUUUUAUGACAACACUGACUUGGAGUUUGAUUUUGAGGUCACCAAUGGUUUGUUUGAGUGCAUUAAGAAGUUUGAUUUAGAGAUCACCAACUUGGGACAGACUAGAAUGCUGACCUAG